AUGGCAUCCUCUGACGGACCCUUCGCCGACUGGCACGAGAUCAUCGUCUGGGGAUGUGACUGGUUGAGCAGUCAGAUACCACCCGAGGUCUCUAGUACUUCUGCCGCCACCAUGCCUCCAACUCCAACACCGGUUGCAGACAAUGUUACGAGUCCGAUUCCGCCUGCCACAGACUCAAAGGACAAGCCUGCAGAGGGCAUGCCACACCCAAGUGCAGAGCUCCCUGCCACCACAUCUCCCUUCGCCGCCACAAAGGCCUUGCUGAGGCCAAAUGAGGUUUCCUCGUCUCGAGCAGCUAUUCCACUGCCAAUCCCGAGCGCACUAGGACGCACAGAGGUGGCACCCAACCCUCUGUCCACCCCUGCCAUCGCUUUCCCACUGCCCACUACGGAAUCAGACGUGGUUCCAAGCAUUGCGGGAACAAGACGGAAAGCGGACAAGGCCAGUGAUGACUGGAGUCAUUCGAAAAGGAGUAGGUUGGAAACUAUGCGCGUGGCGGAAAGAAUCCAUCCGCCUGCCCAACCACAAGCUGGACCUAGUAGGCUCAUCGAAGCCUAUGAAGGUAGCAAGGGCAAUGCCCUCGAACCGCACAAUUCCACAACAGGAGCUUCCAGUUUUAUGGAGGAUUUCCAAGCCUCUGGUCCCGCCCCCGUCAAUGUACAGUUGUGGGGCCAAGGGCCUAUCCCGACGCAGACCUCGCUUGUCGGUCAACCGACUUUGUUCUCUGCUUCGACGUUGUCUCUGCUUCCAACGUCGUUUUCUUCUCUCUCGACAGGAUCUUCUGCACCUCACAUUAGCCAGAUGACCCUCCCCUCCGUUCCAAUGCCAUCUUCGCGCAGUGCAUUUUCAACACCAGACCCCAGCCAGUCAUCCUCUGCCACGACGAAUCAAUCCAUGAACGGGUCAAGAUACAAUGACCAUGGGGUGACGUUCAGUGCACCCCCGGUAUCACUUCCUGCGCCGUCAACGUUCUACCCUGCCUCGCACUCUUUCCCAUCAGUCUCGACAGUCAACAUCACUCCAGAGAUGCUGCUCGUGGCUCAGGAACGGGCAUCCCUCUUCCCUCCCGUUCCAAUGCGUAACGGCCAGACAUCGUACAAUUCCGGCCCGUUCAACUGCCAUAUCUGCAUUCUCGGCUUCCGCACGAAAAGAGAACUCACCACGCAUAAUCGAAGGCAGACACAUGCAAGGCGCGUGCUGGUACUGAAUGGGUACAGAACGUUGCCGCCGAAAGACUUCCCCUGCGAUUAUCCUGAGUGUGACAAGGAAUAUUCGAAUCGCUCGAGCUUGGUCACACACAGGAAGAUAGCACACGGAAUUGGCGGGCAAGGAGGCGCAAUGUCCUUGCCAGUCGCAGACCUCAAGUCUAAAGCCGUCAAAGCCAAAGAUGCGAGCGUGAGCAAGCUCUCCACCACGCGUGAUCGCAUGAAGAGCACGCCCAGUGCUCAGACAGGCUUCGACCCAUACGCGAAGAGAACACCGCCACCGCCACCGCCCCUCCGUUCGACCAGCUCCCGCAGCGCCGAAUCGUCUUCAUCCGCCUCUGUCUCUGCGCGCCCACCUCCACCGCCCGUUCAUCGCACCUCGCGCCCUGACGCAGCACCUCCACCCGUAUUAUCACGGAGGAGGCCCUCCACCGUCGAUCACGGCAGCAGUUCCGUCCGAGCAUACGGGGACGAACAACAACGAGAGUCGGCCGAUCGAAUCGACUGGUCGAAUCUGUCCACAGAGGAUAAGCAGGCGCUCUUCAGCUGGCUGGACGAAUUUUUCUCGCGAUAUCUUGGGCGGCCUGUGGGUCCAAUAAAAGCCGGUGUGCAUCCGAUAUCGGGAUUUGCUGGCUCGGAGACUUUAAGUGCAAGCUGGCGUCGUACGCUGCCGCCACCUCUUGCACCGCUGACUGGCCCGCCUAAACCCAAUCUCUCUACGAAACCUCUCCCCGCGUCCUUCGAGAAUAUGUAA